AUGGAUGAAAGUGCUGCUGAAGAGCUGGAGAUGCGAAUGAUACUGGAGACGAUCGUCAACGACUACCUUGCGACGAUGUAUCGGCGGGAAUGGCUGGUUAUCAGCGAAGACGGAGAUGACAUUCUCUCUCUAUUCGAGACGCGUCAAUACAACAAUACCGACGACGUUGAGGAUGGAGACGAGACGGAUAAUUGUUGCAUAUGUCUCGAGCGUCUGCACCGUGGGCUCGUUGCGACUUUGCAUUGUCGCCACGAGUUUCACGGGGGCUGCAUAGGGAGGUGGCUCCGCGGUGGCCGGAAUUUCUGCCCUCUCUGCAAAGCUAGGGCUAUCAAUUCAAGUGACCUAAUUUCAUAG